AAUAAAGAGCAAAACCAAUCUGUGAUUGGUUUACAGUCAAAGUAUAACAAAAUAUAGAGAAAUCUAAAAAUAUGUUGAUCACUUUUGGUUGAUUUGAGGUAUUUUGACGUAAAAUUAUUUUUAUAGUAAAAAUACUAGUGUCUUACUGUUAAGUGAAAGGAGUGAAAAUAAAAGAAAAGAAUGGAAAACGUCAGGAAGUUUUGUUGAUUUUUUCACAAAAGAGGUUAUAAUGUCAUAUACACGUGCAAAUGACAAUUACAGAACUUCCAAAAAACCUACGAUCAAGUUUUCUUGAAUAAUGACUUGACCGAAAAAUGCGGAUAUGCAGCCGAUACGUUCAUUAGAAUUGACGCUCGCAAUUCUCAAACCUCACAUUGUCAAAUCUCCUUUCGCAUUACAGAAAAUCCGUGACUUAAUAAUCGCUAAUGAUUUUAAAGUUGUAAGAUCUCGAAGAUUGAUAUUAACGACAGAGGAAGCAGAACAAUUUUAUGCGGACCAUAAAGGGAAGUUUUUCUACAAUCGUCUGCUCACUUUUAUGAGUAGUGGUCCUUCCGACGUGCAUAUUUUGGCAGGAUACGAUGCCAUAUCCAAGUGGAGACAAUUGCUAGGGCCUACAAAAGUUUAUCAAGCUCAGUUUACGGAUCCUAAUUCAAUUAGAGGCAUGUUUGGGCUUUCAGAUACCAGAAAUGCUGCUCAUGGUUCAGAUUCCAAGGAUUCGGCUGAAAGAGAAAUAUCGAUAUUCUUCAAAAACUUUGACACACAAAAGUGGUUUGAAAACGAAGAAGCCUUUUAUAAUCUGGGAGGACUUCAUUUCGAUCCUCGAAAUUUUGUGCAUACAAUCGAUAAAAAUUCCCUAUAAUGGCACGAGCUAAUAAAAGAAUAAAUUGUUGUGCCAUAGUAGAUAUUGUGAUAUAAUAAAUUAUUUACUAUGCAUUAAAUGAAUACACGAAAAAUAUGAAAAUAAAAACUACUAUCAAAAUUAAUCGAGAGUCGAUUUCACACAUUUUUCGCACCUAGAAAUAAAUAAGUCAUUGCGUAGAAAAAUAAUAUUCUAUAUUUUUACUUUGUACCCCAAUUAUUGACACAUGCAAAUGCUGUACAAAUUAGACUAGAUAAUUUUUUCAUACAAGUGAAUAAACAAGUAUGUACAAAAUAUCGAAUAAUAAUCGAUAGAAUACAAUAAAUUAUUUUAC